UUUUCUCCAGUUUCUUCCACUCCUCGCUAGAUGCUGUUCGUCCCAUUCUUAUCGCCGCCAUCAGAAGCACCGAAGAAAAGCACCAAAGAAAAAUCUCGCCUCAAUGGAAAAGUCUAUCGGAGAUGCUCGGACAUGGCAAUUCGCAUCCUGCCAUGAGCUACCUGACAGCCAUAAACGUCGUCUCCCUCCAUGCCUUAGCUCGCACUCAUCCCUUUGUUUCAUUCCACCACGGCAAUAGUUGAAACACGUUGAUCAGUUGCAUCUCCGGCGAGGCAGAGCGUCGCAGAGCCACUUGCGCACCACCGCGCCACCACAACAAGAUUUCCUCUUUGUUCCCCUGACAAUGGAGCAGCAGACCGUCAUCCUGUACCCGAGCCCCGGCGUCGGCCACAUCGUCCCCAUGGUGCAGCUCGCCAAGGUCAUCCUCACGCACGGCUACGACGUGACCAUGGUGAUCGCCGAGCCGGCCGUCAGCUCGCCCGACUUCCGCAUCGUCGACGUCGGCCGCGUCGCUGCCUCCAACCCCGCCAUCACCUUCCACGUCCUCCCUCCGGUCCCGUACGCCGACCUCGCCGUCCCCGGCAAGCACCACUUCCUCCUCACGCUGCAGGUGCUGCGGCGGUACAACGACGAGCUGGAGAGGUUCCUCCGCUCCAUCGUCCCGCGCCAGCGCGUGCACUCCCUGGUGGCCGGCAUGUUCUCCACCUGCGCGGUCGACGUCGGCGCCAAGCUGGGCGUCCCCGUGUACACGCUCUUCGCCUCAGCCGCCGCCACCCUGGCCGUCGUGGCUCAGCUGCCGGCGUUGCUCUCCGGGAGGCGAGGAGCGGGACUCAAGGAGCUCGGGGACACGCCGCUCCGGUUCCUCGGCGUGCCGCCGUUCCCGGCCUCCCAUCUCGUCAGGGAGCUGCUGGAGCACCCCGACGACGACGAGCUGUGCAGGACCAUGGUGGACGUCUGGACGCGCAGCACGACGGACGCUAGCGGCGUCCUCGUCAACACGUUCGAGUCGCUGGAGAGCCCGGCCGUGCAGGCGCUGAGGGAUCCGCGGUGCGUCCCGGGGUGCGUGCUGCCGCCGGUCUACUGCGUGGGCCCGCUGCUCAUCGGCGGCGACGGCACGGCCGCAGCAGCAGCGGACCAAGAGCGCGCGGCGGAGAGGCGCCGGCACGAGUGCCUCGAAUGGCUCGACGCGCAGCCGGAGAAGAGCGUCGUGUUCCUCUGCUUCGGAAGCAGAUGCGCGCACUCGGCUGAGCAGCUACGGGACAUCGCCGUUGGCCUUGAUAGGUCUGGGCAGCGGUUCCUGUGGGCGGUGCGGACGCCGCCGGCCGGCACCGACGACGGCGGCGGUUUGGAGAGUCUCGACGACACGCUGUUUCCAGAGGGGUUCUUGGAGCGGACCAAGGACCGGGGCCUCGUCGUGCGGUCAUGGGCGCCGCAGGUUGAGGUGCUGCGCCACCCGUCGACGGGCGCGUUCGUGACGCACUGCGGAUGGAACUCGACGCUGGAAGCCAUCACCGGAGGGGUGCCGAUGCUGUGCUGGCCGUUCUACGCGGAGCAGCAGAUGAACAAGGUGUUCGUGACCGAGGGCAUGGGCGUUGGGGUGGAGAUGGAAGGGUACAGCACGGGCUUCGUCAAAUCCGAGGAGGUGGAGGCCAAGGUGAGGCUGGUGAUGGAAUCUGAGGAGGGCAGCCGGAUCAGGGUCCGAGCGGCAGCACUCAAGAAUGAAGCAAUAGCAGCGAUGCAGGACGACGGCUCAUCACAGGCCUCGUUCGCCACGUUCUUGUUUGAUGCCAAGAAUCUUCAUGAACAGCUUGGCUAGCUAGUGAUCUCGGCAUCACAUUGAUUUUCAAGUAGUUGUUGGCCUAGGACGUCCGCCUUUUAAAAUAUAUCUAUUUCUAGAGGCAUUUGUCUUAAACGGUCGCCUCUGCAAAUAUUAUUUAAGAGACAAAUAAUUAUGUCUGUUUCAAGAGUUUGGAUAUAUAUAUCCCUCUCAUUUUUAUGGUCUCCAA